UAAUUCGAGCGACGGCCCGACGCGUGGAAACACGCUGCCUCCAGUAGCGUCAUAGACAGCGAGGAGGCUAGCAUCCACCAUGAUGUAACGGACGAGCAACCCGAACCCCGCUGCCAGCGAUCAUCAUACCAAGACAAACUCAUUGAAUUCUUCAAAUCUUCACCGUCAACCACAUCGCACAUCCAUCGUACACUCACUCAUCAUGGCCAACCUCGCCAAAACCAUUGUCGCGACCGGCGUCUCCUCAGGCCUCGGCUUCGAGGCCAUGCGCCAGCUCCUCGAGCAGUCGCAGCCUUACAACAUCAUCCUGGGCGCCCGCAACACCCAGCGCGCAAAAGAAGCCUAUGAUGCGCUCAAGUACGACCGCGACGCCAACCCCGUCACGAUCCUGCCGCUGGAGAUGAACGACCUGGGCAAGGUGCAGAGCUUUGCGUCACAGGUGCAGCAGCACCUCCAGGGCACCAAGCUCGACUACGUCCUUCUCAACGCUGGCAUCACGGGCUCCGCGGCGGCUGGGCCGACUGGCAGCAAGUGGUGCGAGCCGUUCAUUGUGAACCAUCUCUCGCACCAUUAUCUGAUGCACCUGCUCAAGAGCAAGAUUUCCGAAUCGAAAUCGCGCGUCGUCUUUGUUUCGUCGGGCGCUGUUCGCAUGGUUCCCGACGAGUAUAUCCCCAAACUCGAGGAGUCUGUCAAGGCUGGCGCUGACACGGACGGCCGGCUGGUAUACGCAAUCACCAAGUUCAUUGGCCUCCUCGGUGCUCACUGGUGGCGUCGUGAACUCGGUGACAAGGCCACCGUCGUCGCUGUCUCGCCUGGUCUCAUCCCCGCUACCGGAAUUGCGCGUGGCUAUGACCUGAAGUUGAACCACAACUCACCCGACGCCAAGUCCCCUGCUGAAGGUGGCGCAAACGUGCUCCGCGCGAUGGAGAGAAAUGACCUCCCCGAGGACCCAGAGCAGAUCUUCCUCACAAGCUGGGGUGAAUGGUGGCCCAAGGACGUGUACGGGCAAUCUCUCGACAAGAAGUUGCAGGACCAGUUCUGCCCCUCCAAGGAGCAGAUUGAGAAGGAGGAAGGUCUCGCAGCCUAAUCUCAAAAUGCAACGGAACAAAGCGAAUUUACAAGAAGAAUUUCGGGCUUCAUUACGACUAAAAUAUAGCAACUCCAUUGGGAGGACUUGCGACUCCGCCGCGUACCUGUUCAUCGUCAGCGCUGAUUGACUCAAGC